AUGUCCGACAAAGACGCCGGCACCCCGCGUGUCUACCUGGCUCGUCAUGGCGAGACCGAGUGGACCAAAAAUGGCCGCUACACCGGCACCACCGAUCUGCUGCUCACCCCCGUCGGCGAGGCCCAGGUCCUGGCCUCCGGUCGCCUCCUAGUCGGGCCCGCCCACCUGAUCGACCCCUCGAAGCUCGCCCACGUCUUCGUCUCUCCCCGCACCCGCGCCCAGCAGACCUUCGACCUGCUCUUCGGCAAGGGCGCCUUGCAAGACCGCGUCACCACCACCGAGGGCCUUGCCGAGUGGGACUACGGCGCCUACGAGGGCCUGUUGACAAAGGAGAUCCGCGCCCGCCGCAAGGACAAGGGCCUUGACCAGGAGAGGCCGUGGGACAUCUGGCGCGACGGCUGCGAGGACGGAGAAUCCGCCCAGCAGGUCACCGAUCGCCUUGACGCGCUGAUCAAGCAGAUCCGCGAGAUCCAGGCUCCCAACAUGCACGGCGAGAAGCCAGCCGACGUCGUACUAGUCGCACACGGCCAUUUGUUGCGCGCCUUCACGAAACGCUGGCUCGGGUACCCGAUGGACUUCCCGCUGAGCAUGAUGAUGGAGCCAGGCGGAAUCGGCAUCCUGAGCUACCAGCACCACAACGUCGACGAGCCGGCCUUCUUGCUGGGCAUGGCGCUGCCGCCUGAGGCCAAGUAG